UACUACUCCAGCCGAACGACAUGGCGUCCGUCACUGUAGGACAGCACCCUUCUCAACACCACCUAGAAUCGGACCAACAGCUGUUUCACAAACGGAAGACAAGCGACAGAAAGAAAUUCACGCGUAAAUGGUCUCCGGAGAAGAUCAUGCGACACAGUGAGGGUGAUGUGGAGAGCGCGAGAGCCGCAGUCUCAGCUUCGCUUGUCUUAUUAAAUCACGAGCAACCUUCAACAUCACAGAACCGAGCCUGUGGCGCCGGCUCGCCACGCUGCAGUAGUAUGGAUGGUGGACGUGACACUGAGAUGCCAAAGAAUACACAGAGUGGUGACAUGAUUGGUCACAUAUUACAGCAAAGCCGCGUGGAGAUAGAAAACGCCAACAACAAUAACGGAAUAACACGCAGGCACAGCACCGCAGGGAGCCGGAGAUGCUCGGUGAAGGACACUGUUAAGACCAACACGUCGUCUUCACCACAAGAACGUCGCAAUUCCACACACAGCUCCCUGCCGGAGGAACUGGGGGGACUGCAGAUUGACCGGUUGACACAAGCGAGAUCUGGAGUUGUGAAGAUGCGCAGCGAGCCUCUGAGAAGAGAGGCAUCAUGGUCUAUUUUCAGUCAGAGGGACCCGAGGGUAAAGGCAGAGAGGGGAGAGGGCCACAGCUUCACCUCCAGACAGGUGAGCCAGGACUGGUGCGACGCCUGUAACCGCCAGAUCAGCAGCGCUGUGCUCAAGUGUCAAAACUGCAGCUACACAUGUCAUCUGGAGUGUCAGGGGCUUGUUCAGCUGGACUGCAACCAACUAGACCAACAUACAGAGGAUGUGGUGGCAUCCUCCACUCCACAGAUGCCCAGUGCCACACACCCUCCGGAUAUGAAUGUCACAAGAGAGGAAGAGGAGGAAAAGGCAACAUCUCUCACAGAAGAAGAAAUCAAAGCAAAAAUUGAGGACUACAACUCCAAAGUGACCGAGAAUGGAAUGAAAUUAGGCACAGAUGGCACAUACACUGGUUUCAUAAAGGUUUAUUUAAAGUUGCGCAGGCCCGUGACUGUACUCUCUGUGGAUGGGAACUUACCAGGACCAUGUUCCUCUUCUGAUAGUUCAGAUAAACGCACAUCCUUCUACCUGCCCAGCAAUGCUGUUAAGCAGAUACAUAUCAGCAGUACCACCACGGUCAGUGAGGUCAUCCAGGGCCUGCUAAAGAAGUUCAUGGUACAGGAUAACCCACGCAAGUUUGCCCUUUACCGCCAGACACGACGCGAUAGCCAGGAUCUUUUCCAAAAGUUGCCGUUAUCAGAGUGUCCGCUCUACUUGAGGCUGUUAGCGGGUCCUGAUCUAGAGAACUUGACUUUUGUUCUUAAGGAAAACGAGACUGGCGAGGUGGAGUGGCAUGCAUUCUCAGUCCCAGAGCUGCAGAAUUUCCUAAUCAUCCUAGAUAAGGAAGAGAAGGAUCGCAUGCGGCUGGUGGAGCAGCGUUACGCUGCCUACAAGGAGAAAUUGUUGCAGGCUCUUUGUAAAGUUCAGGGCAAACCAGGCUAAUGCAGGACAAUUACUCUCUCUUGCCCCAUUUAGGCAACACAGGGCCAGCCUGGAGGACCAGUAGCCCAACAGACUAAUUUACAAACCCUCCACUCAGGACUCUGUUGAAGCUCUUAGCAUGUCUUUGUGAUCUUUGGCCACCAAAGGGGGAAAAGAGUGCAAAACAUGACCAAGACAAAGAGGAGGUUGGAGCUAAAAGAGUAAUCUUUCUCUGUGGAAAUGGCACACUGUUUAAAGGCCAGGAGUAUGUGUCUGGCAGUCAUGCUUUUUGAUAUUUAAUUGGGAUUCAUUUGUUUUUUCUUGUUGUUUUUACAUCAACCCAUCAAGUCUGUCUGUUAUGUUUUUUUUUUUUGUUUUUUUUACAUGCUGCUGCUAUUGCUGCUACUGCAAGUGUUACUUAAAGCAUGACUUUCCCUUUGGUCUCUCUGCUUGUGUCUAGCGUAUGUCCUCUAUCAGGGAAUAUACAUGGUUAAUAAAUAGUAAUAACAUGCUUAUUACUGUAAAAAAGACAACUUUCACUCUCUUGAAUUAUACUCUUUAUACUUGAGAUUGUCUAACUUGUACUGUAGUUUACUGAAAGUGUUUCAGCCUGCAACUUAAUUCUGUUGGGAUCCAGUCAAGGUUUGGUUACAUAGACCCCACGGAAAUCUACGCCCCUUCUAUUUCAUGUAACAAAAUGGCUGCUCUUCUCUUUGGGAUGGCCAUUAUGGUAAAGACCCACAGCAAUGGAUACUCUAUGUCAUCUAUACAGCUUCUGUGCAUUCCCAGUUACAAACAUUUUGAGCUGAAUCUCCUAGAAAUGUGAAAAGCACCCAUGCAGACUGUUAUUCUGAAAAGAGGGCUCAUUUGUUCAUGUGUCAAAGCUUGUAGCAACAUUCAGACUCAGCACUGAUAAAUCACAUGAGCAUCUCACGUAAGCAACCAGUGCUUAAUGUAUCGUGCAGGGAAAAUCAGUGGACUUGAGGAUUGUUCAGUUCACACAAGCUACAUUGUGUGCUCUGUUUAUCAGUUCAGCUUUUAACACAUAAUAUAUAAUAUACAUAAUAUUCAUGUUAGAUUGUGGGAUAUGUACUAGAUACUUGGGCAAAUGUGUUGUAUUUUCUAGGAUCUGAAUCUAUAUUACAACAAAGUACAAUAGGACAAGUCCCUUGGUUAUUUCAUUACAACAACAACAAAAAAAAACUCCUCACAAAGGCAAUUAAGAGAUCUUCCUGUUUAUUUAUUUUUUAAGUAGUGUGUAUUGUUUGCACACCAUCAAAGGCAUGCAAAUAAUACACUGGUCAGCCAGUAUAUACAGUAAUUCAUAUUAUAUCUGUAAUUGGGAUAUGAGACACUCCUUUCCUUUUUUGCUUUGAUAAAUAAUGCAUUUAUAAAGGGAAUUAUGUUUUUAUGCAUGUAUCUUUCUCUGAAAAUGAUGUACCGUCAAUCCUUGGAACAAGAGAUGCAUGUGAAUUCAAUUUGUCUAUGACACUGGGUUAAUUUAUGGAUGCCAUUAUGGAUUGUGAUUAUCAUUCAGAAGUACCAAAUUGUUCAUUCCUACUUUGAACCUUUCAAUUUGAUGUUCAAGUCACCGUUAUAUUGUUUACCAUAGAAGCACAGGUAAGUCCCAUAGCUUGAAGGGGCACUCUGUAACAUUUCAGCGAUUAGCAUAGAUGCAGCAUAAACAGUUACCGAUGUUGUUGAUGUAAAAAUGCACUAUUCACUGUCAGCCAUAAUUCAUUUAUUCCACGAGUGAAAGCGUACGAUUUAAAAGGGAUCACCUCGACAUGAAUGUGCACCCCGCACAAUACAGUAUGUAGAAUAAAGCAGCUUUUUCUUUCAUAUUUCGUGAUAAUUUUAAUCAUAUUUUUCAAAAAUACUAUUCUUCUAUUAGCAUUUCCCUCUGUCUAGAAGUUUAGCAAUUAGCAAAGAAAAUUACAGAGUGCUCCUUUAAUGAUGUAUGGAGUUAUAAACAGAUCGAUUUAAUUGGACAUCUCUGGCAAGCAUUUAUGUCUGUUUUAUCAUUGCAGAGGUCUGGGUUAUGAUUUCGAAUGGUAAGAGUUUGGUUUUUAUUAGGGUUGAGCACACAUUAAGAGGAAUGUUUAUAGAGAUGGCACAUCAGAGUCAUAAGUUUCCAUGUGAAUCACUCUAACCUUGUACUCAACAUGUUUGAUUUGAUCUUGAGCAAGAGGCAGGUGUUUGGUAUGUCUGCUUGGGCUGCUUUUCCCUGACAGCCAUAUUCCUGCUGGCAGUGCCUUUAGUCUCUGUGUAGCUUAUUUUUGACUGUGUACUGUACAUAUGCUCUAGAUGUAUGCCCCUAUAACCCCACAUGCUGAGAGAUUCCACACAGUGGCAGUGGCAAUAGCCAGGUGCUUUUCAUUUCAAGCCAUCAAGUUCAUGUGGGACUUUUUGGGAAUAGUGUUUAAAAUAUUGAAGAGUGUGUAUGUUUGUGCGUGUUUGUUUAAUUUAUUUUUGGUUCACUUUUAGUGUGUGUAAAUUUGAGUAUGUGGACAAAUUAGUACUAUUGCCAAUCUUUUUGUUUCAGAGUAUAAAAUGUUUAAAAUAUCUGUAAAGCUGAAAAUAUACUGAAGAAUAAAAUAAAAGGUCAUCC